AUGGUCAACACCCUUGAUAUAUAUACCCGUGGAUGUGGUGGUGUGGCCCGGCCCCACAGCGGGCGUGGCCACCCAACCCACCACCUAUACACUGCGAUCGCCAGCCGCAGCAUAGUAGAGAACCACAGUCCCCAGUUUCCAGGACUGGGAGUUCCCCACGACCGCAUCCCAGAUAAUUGGGGCCCCAUAUCCGUAUUUCCUGAAGCCACUGGACUUCGCUGUGGCAUCACCAACUUCUCGAUAUGCACUGAAGCACACCUCGUGCCGAAGAAGUGCUCUGGUACUCAGAUAGAUAUGGGAUGUACUGAUAUGGUAGAGACUUGCGAGAUAUUGAUAAUCCAGCGAAUCUCCUUCCACUUAGACCGGAUAUUCAUAAAUGCUUCGACAAACGGUGUCCAAUACCUUGAAAACGACUCCCGUCCUUAUCUCUUUGCUCGGUUCGCUUGGGCCAUUCUUCUGUCUGUGAAGCCCUUCGUUACAAACGGUGAACCCCUCAAUGUUAUUCGCCUCGAGGUGUCGACUGGCGUCGAGGAGACUCAGAAGGUGUGGAAGGCAGGAUUUCUAAGCGGGGCACAGCUUAAGGCCAACUACAGUGGCGGCGGUUCGAAGAGCGCGACAUCCAAAAAGAGAAAAUCAGAAUUUAGUACACUUGAAGAAGAGGAUGAAGAUCUUGCGGAGUCUAGCGAUGAUAGCGAUAUCGGUAAGGAGAGCGACAUCUGGGAUGAUGUCAUGGAUGAGUGGGAAGCAAGAGGGCAGAGGAGACGUCAGCAGACCUCCAGUGAGACUGCACGAGCGAUUACAUCAGAAGAUGCCACGGCUCAUUUAAAAUCGGGUCCGUCGGAAUUGCAGACUUCAAGACCCCUUCAACCCUUCCAACACCUUCCGCUAUUUCUGUCUUAUGGCCCAGGUGAACGCCAUGGGAUCCUAGUGAGCAAGGACAAGACAGGCAAGUUUGUUUCACAAUCAGGGUAUACUAGCACCGGUACAAUGGUGCUAGACCGGCCAAAAGCAGCAUCUAAACCAGGCAGGCGCCUAAAAGUUUAA